AUCUAUUCAGUUGGUACACUAGAGACUGGUGGCCAACAUUAGCCCAUGAGAUCUGUCAGAGCCGUUGUUCUAGUCCUAAAAACAACUGUCAGGAGCCAUCAUAGGAGAAGCUCGAAACUAGCAGGAAUUCACGUAGUCUUGGAUGAAGAAUGGGAACUAUUGUAAAGAGACCGUUGCAAUUCGCUUUAAAGUUCCCUCCUCUGAGGGUAGGCCACCGAAGAGAACACAAAUCCCUUCCCUUCAAGAAAGUCAGAAAUAAGUAAUCAAGCUGCAAGUGCAGAGCGCAAGGGCCGCCCUCAGGACACUAGAAGCCAGCAGGGAAACAGCAGGAUACAAAGCAGAAAAGAGCGCGCCGGUAUCCGGUGGCCGAGGCGGGGCGCCCGCGCUCCGUGAGGAACUCAAGUGCCCACCGCGUGUGACCUCGCGGGGCGCCUUAAGAGGUGACGCCCCGUAGCACCGGCAUCUGCCAGCGGCGAAGAGUUCACCAGGCAGGCUCGCAACUUACAUUUGCCACCGGGGGCCAUGGCGACCUCGGCCGAGAUUCGCUUACGCCAGGACCGCCAGAUUCCUCCCGCCAAGAUGGCCGCAGAUUUGAAUUUGGCGCCGCCCACGUGUCACGCCCCCUGGGCGUGUUCGGAUGACAUCACUAAUACAGUACGUCAGAAGUCGGCGCGGGCGAAGAACGCUUUGUACUCUGCCAAGUUUGGCGAGUGCUCUUUAUUGUCAGAACAACCAUGAGCAAGCGGAACCAAGUGUCCUAUGUGCGGCCUGCAGAGCCCGCCUUCCUGUCCCGCUUCAAAGAGAGAGUCGGCUACAGGGAGGGGCCUACCGUAGAGACUAAGAAAAUCCAGCCUCAGCUCCCAGAUGAAGAUGACAAUCACAGUGACAAAGAAGAUGAACAGCCUCAUGAAAAGUGUUCAGGUUUAACAGCAAGCUCCAAAAAGAAGAAAAAAAAUGAAGAUGAUGUACAUAAGCAAAGUUCCGUUAGAAAGAACUCCCAAAAACAAAUAAAAAAUAGCAGUCUCCUUUCUUUUGACAGUGAAGAUGAAAAUGAGUAAUGUAAACAUCAUGGACUUGGUUUCCUUUGAAAGUAUGAGGUAUUUUUAAAAAUAUUACUUAUCCUAUAUCUUCAAGUGACACUUUGCACUAGUACUACAGGUUCAUUACAGGAAAAAUCAGAAAUACAGGAAAUGACCUCAUGAAAUAAACCCAUCCAUCACUGCCCCUUUGUUUGGAAAUGCCGGACGUUCACUACUGUUAACAUUUUUACUAUCUCCCACCUAUGAGUACGUAUAUAUGUAUAUUGCAUUUUUAAACAAAACUAAGAUUGUUAUAUAUGUUCUUUGUCCUGCUUCUUUCUUAGAAUUACAUUUGUAGAAUUUUCUGAUGUUGUUUAUUUCAAAAUCUAACAUUAAAGACUUACAGAGGAUUUCAUAAAUAGA